UAAAAAAUGCUACGCGAGUGAACAUCAUAUUAUAAUACGUAAGGAUGCCGUAAAGAAAACCGGAAACGAAGAUGGGUAGAAUAACUUCACCUUGUGCUGACCGGCUCACCUUCAGCUCUGAUGAGUUAAAUUGGCAAACGUGUAGAUGAUAAGAGAUAAUAAAAUAACAGAACAAAAUAACGAUAUAAAAACUGAAGCUAAUCGGGUAAACAAAACAAAACCCUGAUAGCAAAACCCCGGGCACGAUUGCUUUGCAAUCCACUGGUGAAAAGUCGAAUCGACUAGCUCAGUAGAUUGUCGUCUAAUCUCCCAGAUUGCCCCAGUGUUGCUGCAGUGUCUACUGCAGUCUUCAACUCCUACACCGCCAGGCUCUCUCUGCUGCACCGAGCUCAAUGCGAGAGAGAUGAUUGCCUUCGUUCUAGUCUCUGGGUCCAUUUGGAUGGUUUUAGAGAUUAGUAACACGUUGAUUGAGAAGAUGCAGGCCCAGGAGAUCCUGAGGAGCCUGCGCCUGCCCGAGCUCCAGGAGUUCAGCCAGUUCUUCCGCAGCCUGCCUGCCCCCACACUGGUCGGGAUUGGGGCUCUCGCCGCUGUCAUUGCUUACUGGCUGGCCACCAGACCCAAGGCCAUGAAACCUCCCUGCGACCUCACAAGGCAGUCCGAGGAAGUGGAGCGCUACGCUGGUGCACGCCGCUCUGUCCUGGGUGACAAUCCCAAGCUGCUAACACACUAUUACGAUGAUGCGAGAACGAUGUACGAGGUGUUCCACCGAGGGCUGCACAUAGCAGGUGAUGGUCCUUGUCUGGGCUCCAGAAAGCCCAAUCAACCUUAUGAAUGGCUGUCAUACAGGGAGGUUUCAGACAGGGCUCAGUGCCUGGGCUCGGGGUUGAUUUUCCAGGGAUGCAGACCUUGUCCAGAGCAGUUCAUUGGGGUCUUUGCACAGAACAGACCGGAGUGGAUUAUCUCCGAGUUGGCUUGCUAUACCUAUUCUAUGGUGGUUGUGCCACUUUACGACACUCUAGGACCAGGGGCAAUCCGCUAUAUUAUUAAUACAGCUGAGAUUUCUACAGUUAUAUGCGACAAGCCGGAGAAGGCCAGUAUCCUCUUGGAGAAUGUGGAGACGCUGCAGACCCCAGGGUUGAAGAUUAUCAUUUUAAUGGACCCGUUUGACCCUGGCCUUGUAGAGAGGGGAGACAGAUGCGGGGUUCACAUCCAAUCCAUUAAGGACGUGGAGGCGCUGGGGAGAGUGCACCAUAAAGUUUCUGUGCCUCCUCAACCAGAUGAUUUAUCCAUUGUGUGUUUUACUAGUGGAACAACAGGAAACCCUAAAGGUGUCAUGCUGACUCAUGGGAAUGUAGUAGCUGAUUUUUCCAGCUUUCUGAAAGUCACUGAGAAAGUGAUCUUUCCCAGACAGGACGAUGUGCUUAUCUCCUUCCUGCCUCUUGCUCACAUGUUUGAGAGACUUAUUCAGUCUGUAGUUUACUGUCACGGAGGAAGGAUUGGGUUCUUCCAAGGAGACAUCAGGCUCCUGUCUGAUGAUAUGAAGGCACUGCGCCCGACAAUCUUCCCUGUGGUACCCAGGCUGCUCAACAGAAUGUAUGACAAGAUCUUUAGCCAGGCAAACAGCCCAGUGAAGCGCUUUCUUCUGGAAUUUGCAGCAAAGAGAAAAGCAGCAGAAGUUCGAAGUAACAUUAUCCGGAAUGAUAGUCUGUGGGACAGACUCUUCUUUGGCAAAAUCCAGGCUAGUCUGGGAGGCCGGGUGCGAAUGAUUGUCACGGGAGCAGCUCCAGCUUCUCCCGCCGUGCUGGGGUUCCUGCGGGCAGCGCUGGGGUGUCAGGUCUAUGAAGGUUAUGGUCAAACAGAGUGUACCGCUGGAUGCACCUUCACCACACCUGGAGACUGGACAUCAGGUCAUGUUGGAGCUCCACUGCCCUGCAAUCUUAUCAAACUGGUGGACGUGGAGGAGAUGAACUAUUUUGCUUCCAAAGGCGAGGGAGAGGUCUGUGUGAAAGGACCGAAUGUUUUCAAGGGCUACCUCAAAGACCCGGAGAAGACUGCAGAGGCGUUGGAUGAGGACGGAUGGCUGUACACUGGGGAUGUUGGGAAAUGGUUACCAAAUGGUACGUUAAGAAUAAUUGAUCGGAAGAAUCAUAUCUUUAAACUGGCCCAGGGAGAGUAUAUCGCCCCGGAAAAGAUUGAAAACAUUUACAUCCGGAGUGAGCCAGUCGCCCAGGUGUAUGUCCAUGGGCACAGUUUACAGUCCUGCUUGGUGGGUAUUGUUGUACCUGACCCAGAAGUUAUGCCACCCUGGGCAAGGAAAAAAGGCUUCAAGGGACAGUAUGGAGAGCUGUGUAAAGAUAAGGACCUUAAGAAAGCAAUAAUGGAAGAUUUGGUCCGAUUGGGAAAGGCAAGCGGACUUCAUUCAUUUGAGCAGGUCAAAGACAUCUACAUCCACACUGAAAUGUUCUCCAUACAAAAUGGUCUUUUGACCCCAACAUUAAAGGCAAAGCGACCAGAACUGAGGGAUUAUUUUAAAGAAAGAAUAGAAGAGCUUUAUGCCAACAUCUCUAUGUAAAAUAUCCAUUCAGAUGCCCUGUUUCAGAGACUUUUUUAGCAAUACUGCUGUACAUAAAGCACUUGUCGUUAACUCUUAAUUAAAACGGCAUUCCACUGCGCAAAACCUAGAAAAAAACAAAGCUGUUGUUCUUGUAACUGCUUGUGGUUCCCAUCCUGAAGGCGGUGUGAUUCUGAAGUGCACAGCAAACUCCACAGUCCUGAUACAGUGCUGCUAAAACCAAAUCUACACUUUUUCCAAACUGAAGGUUUUAUAUGGUCUUGAAGGUUUUAUACGAGCACAGAUUAUUCACUGUAACUCGUCCCAAUGAAAGCGAAUGCUUCUGAAGAAUGCAGUAUUUUAAAUUACACAUGAGCGGCUACUGGCCCAAAUGUCAAAUCAAUCCUCUUUGUUAGAAGUACAAAGCAAUACAAUUUCUUCUAUCACAGUGAUGUUAGAUACAUAUUGGUUCCCUUGAACAGCGUUUUUUGUUUUGUAAAAGGUGGGCUAAAUCCGCCCAUUUUUAUUCUGCUGAUUCAGAGUAUUUUAGGAACCAUGAGUUCUGUUUGAUUUUAGAGACUGGAGAUCAUUAAGCUUAGUAAAUGUAUUGGAAAGAAAUGCAUUGAGUAGCGAGAUAAAGAUUGUGAAUCCGAAAGUAUCUGAGUAAUUAUAAAAACAGCUAGACCUUAUUAAAACAUGGCACCCAGCAAGGGCAAUGGAUGCCAGUUAUUUAUAAUAAAACUUCUUAAAUAAAUUUAAAAAAGCAUAUGAAACAAAUUUCUUCCCAUCUUUUCCAAAGGUUUUAUUAAACACAGUAUGGGUGGUGGCAGUCACAUGUGCAUAGGAAAGCCAAUCAUAUACUGGUUUUUGAGGGCAAACUUUUCAGUGAAAAUGUUAAGAAAGUGUACUGAAGUAUAUUGACUCAUAAGAACAUAAGUUUGGGAACAGCAAGGGGGUCAUUCGACCCACCAAGGCUCCUCCUAUCUGAGCACAUGAAAAGUGAUAUCAUUUGAUAGGAACCUGGCAUGUGACAUGCACACAAUGAACCUCGACGCUCACAAGGUUAAGUUUGCAUGUUGUGUAUAAUUUGAUUCAGCUUUCACACAUGAACAAACUGGCAUUCCUUGGAUAACCCUCUAUGCCUGCUCUUCUUGUAUGCAGUUUGGUUUUUCAUUGAGUGUUCUGUAAAGACUGACAGGCUGAAGGGAACAUGUGUUUACCAUCACAGGAACACAGACAAAGAGGUUGUACUUAUUGUUUCUCAAGGUUAAAAGAAAAUGUUCUGAAUUACUGAAUUUUGCUCCCAGCUAAAAUGGGAAUAAUGCAUUUGAAUCAUGCGGUUUGUGGAUUGUAAAGUGUUUGCACAGAGCAAUAGAGAAUUAAAGACAUUCAAAAAUACACUUUUGUUGAACCUUCAUCUUCCAGACUGAAAUCAAUUAAAUUUUAGCUGGGAAAAUAUAAAUUCAUGUGAUAAAGAGAGCAAAUUGAAGCAAUUUAUAUUUUGGCCCAAUAAAUCAAAAUAAAAACAGAUCAACAGGUACCUUGUUUAUUUCACGUAUUUAAGAGAUUUUUUCACAGCUAAAAAUGAAUUGGAUUAGGGGAAGAUGAAAUCAGCUAAUACAGUACAUACAGUUGUUCUAUAUAUUGUUUUAUAAUAAGAGUAUUGAUUAUUAAUACAAUCUAAUGGCAUGUUACAGCACCACUGUGUGUUUAAAUUGAAUCCGCCCUAAGAAUUUUUUUUAGAUUUCUUUUUAAUUGUUAUGAUUGAUUGAAGU